AUGUGCUUCUUGCAUGCUACUAAUGCUGCUGCUGCUGCUGCUGCCGCUGCUGCUGCCGCUGCUGCUGGUGCUGCUGCUGCUGGUUCUGCUUCUGUCUCCACGGAUACGCUCCCGCUGCAAAGUAAAGAGGCAGGAGCUGCGGAAGGGAAAGCAAUGGGGAAUAGGGAGUCACAGUGGGGAGUAUCUAGACCGGGUAACACCCGGUCUAAUAGGGUUCUGGGAGAGGAAAGUGGUGGAGGGGAAGCAGCCGUGUGUGCCGGCGGGAUCAAGAUCGAGACGGGGAUGUCUGCGGAUGUGGAUCAUGAUGAUGUGGUUCCACGUGACGUGGAUGGUACAGGUGGAGGCAUCGUGAUGAUGAUGGCGAUGGCGAUGGAAGGGAGGGCACCGGCGGCGGUAGAAGCAGAGCAGCGGCAGAUGAGACCCUUCCCAAGGAAUCAUCAUGGUGAGGAUAUCCCCCGGGGGUACCUCCAUCUAAAAGUACCAGACGGACCCCCCUCUUGCCCAUUGUUUCCUCCCACAGAAGCAGCAGAUGCUGUAGCAACGGCGGCUGCAGCAGCAGCAGCAGCAGCAGCAGCAGCAGCAGCAGCAGCAGCAGCAGCAGCAGCAGCAGCAGCAGCAGCAGCAGCAGCAGCAGCAGCAGCAGCAGCAGCAGCAGCAGCAACAGCUGCAAACACUGCGACCAGCAGCAAGAAAUCCACCCUCUCAAUUAGCAGUCUCCACAUGGCUACUGCUGGGGUAAGCCGGCCAAGUGGCGCUGCUACUACUGCUUCCAUCCCCUCAGGUCUCCACACGACUGCUGCGCAACACCUGUCCCUCGCUGAAUCAUUAGCUGCUUCAGAGCUCCACCUCCAGCAAGAGCACUUUCGAAGAACAGUGGUAGCAGCAGCUGCUACUGCUGCUAGCAGUGACAUCUGGGAAGCUACUGAAGGAAGCUUGCUGCGUGGGGACGGCGCUGGUGUCUCUGCUGGGAUAGGAGGCUCUGCUGGGGUUGCCGCUGGCGGUGCUGAGGCUCCUGGGGUUAGAGAGAGCGUGCGUGGUGGCUUUGGCAUCACUGCACCUGUCAGCACCGGCCAUAUUUCUGUUACUGAUAUUAUGGAGCUUUUCUCCUCUGUUGAAAACUCUCAUGCAGCAGCACAAUCAAGUGACAACAGCGCAAACCCUCCAGCAAUGGUGUGUCAGGCGGAGGGGUGCAGCGCGGAUCUGAACCAUGAGAAGAAGGAGUAUUAUCGCCGGCACCGCGUGUGCGACAAGCACUCCAAAGCGGCCACGGUUCCUGUGGGGGGCCAAGCCCAACGCUUCUGCCAGCAAUGCAGCAGGUUCCACGCGCUGGCUGAAUUUGACGAGGGCAGGCGCAGCUGUCGCAUGCGCCUCCUGGGACACAACCGCCGCCGUCGCAAGUCACAGGCAAUGGCGGCUCAGCAGCAGCAGUAG